GAUUAGGGGUAACCGGUGGAACUUGAUACUUCAAAAACCAGUACUCUCUCUCCCCCAAAACUCAGUAAACCUUCAAACGACGGCGGAGAGGCAACUACUAUUCAUUUUCAUCACCAAACUGCUCCGUUUUCGUCCUUUUUCAUUUUAUUUUUUUGUAUGCCUAUUUAAAUUCCCUGUUAUACAUAGAUUCACACACAAAAAAAAAAAAAAAUUCCGAAAUUUAGAACCUCUCUCUCUCUCACUAUCAGCUGACAAUUCUUGGGUUCUAAUCGCCAUACCUCUCAGAUACUUUCCCUCCCUCUAUCUGCUGACAAAUCUGGGGUUUUAGGCACCAUACCUCUCAGGUACUUUCCCAGUUUCCUUCUCUCUCUAGCAGACUUUCUCAACCAUUUACUUAAUUUUUGUCUUGUUUUCCCGAUAAAUUUUGUAGGUUGUAAGAUUUCCAAUUACUGUCAACUAUUUGGCUUUCUCAUAGACUACCCUUUUUCUUUUUCCUGUAAAUCCAUAGUAGUGGUCCCUUUUUGCUGCUAGAAAUCAAAGAUUCAAUUUUUUGUUCUCCAAAUGCUCCUUAUUUUGAGCGAGUGAAUUGAUUUAAAAAUUAGGCUUUCGAUUGGAUGUUAAUAGUCUCUUAUGGAGCGUGGAAAAGACGUGGAAAAGAAGGUAGAAACCAAAGAUUUUGUAGUUGUGAUUUCGAGUACCGAAGAAGCUUCCCAUGUGGGCAAGCAAAGCAAAGAUUCUAUAGCUUUCACAAAAACUCAAACUGGGUCGUUGUCUUCACCAUUGAAUGUCCGAACGCAGUCUCCAAAUGCCCAGUUAACGGAACUUGACAGCCUCAAAUCCAGAGUCCAAAUGUCCACAAUUACAGGCUCUUCUUCUCCCGAGAUAACCAAGUUAAGUCCAACUCCAACCAUGACCAAACCUUCCAAAACCCCAGAUGAACCCGUUGCUCGAAGACGGUCUAUUGGAAGGUCUGCUUACUCCAAACCUAAAUCAAGAUUAUUGGAGCCAUCAUAUCCUAAGAAUUCGGCUGUGGUUGAAGAGAAAAGUCAAUUGCUGAAUUCGAGCUCACCUUAUAGGAAUUCACCUAACAGCAAAGCCAAUGCUACUACUCCUAAAGAAUACGUGAGAACGGCUCCUAUUACCCCCAAAACUCCAUUAAUGGCCUCACCAGGAGGAGAGGAGGAAGAUGAUGAUGAGGUAUAUACUACUGCAAAUUCUCAAGAAGGUGAAAAACAAGGUAAGAAGUUAAAGUCCAUAGCUUAUCUUGAGUGGAUUGUAUUCGUGGGCACACUGGCUGUUUUAAUUUCUAGCUUAACCAAAUUGCAUAACGAUAGGAUCUGGGGGUUGGAAAUUUGGAAAUGGUCUGUCUUGGCACUGGUAAUCUUUUGUGGACGAUUGGUCACCGAGUGGUUCACUAAUAUUCUAGUUUUCUUGAUUGAGAGGAACUUUUUGCUUAAAAAGAAGGUUCUUUAUUUUGUUUAUAGUUUGAAAAAGAGUGUCAGGGUUGUAAUUUGGUUGGGUUUGAUUCUUCUGGCUUGGGCUCUGUUGAUCAACCGGGGUGUCGAGCGAUCAAAAAAAACCACCCGGAUUUUAAAUUAUAUCACGAGGGGUCUUGUGUCAAGUCUAAUUGGGGCUGCUAUGUGGAUGCUGAAGACUCUUCUGGUAAAGAUAUUGGCUUCUUCAUUUCACGUCAAGAGGUUCUUUGAUAGGAUUCAAGAAUCUAUCUUUCAUCAGUAUGUUCUUCAGACCCUUUCAGGGUUUCCGGAAUUCACAGAGGGAGUUGGCAGAUCGAGGAGUGGUCGAUUGAGUUUCAAGAACAUGAAGAAAGGUAAACAAGGUGAGAAAGAAGAUGUGAUUAAUGUAGAUAAGCUUCAUAAGAUGAAGCAAGAGAAGAUUUCUGCUUGGACCAUGAGAGGGUUAACGGAAGUGAUUGGAAGUUCAGGGCUUUUUACUCUUUCCAAUGCACUUGACCAGAGUGUUGAUGAUGAAGAUGUUGAAAAUAAGGAGAUUACUAGUGAAUUGGAAGCAAAGAUCGCUUCUAAUCGGAUAUUUAAAAACGUAGCGAAGCCCGGCAACAAGUAUAUUGAUGAGGAGGACCUCUUGCGCUUCAUGAAAAAAGAGGAGGUGGAUAAUGUGCUUCCUUUGUUUGAGGGAGCAGCAGAAACAGGAAAGAUUAAGAAAUCAGCUUUAAAGCAUUGGGUGGUUAGUGUCUACAAUGAACGGAAAUCACUGGCACAUUCUUUAAGUGACACCAAAACAGCUAUAGAAGAGCUGAACAAGGUUUUUUCUGGGAUUGUACUUGUCGUGAUCAUUAUCGUGUGGUACCUUUUGAUGGGAUUUGCAACAACCCAAGUGCUUGUCUUCAUUUCGUCUCAGCUUUUACUUGUGGUGUUUGUGUUUGGCAACGCGGCUAAGACUUUAUUUGAAGCCAUCAUAUUUGUAUUUGUGAUGCACCCAUUUGAUGUGGGUGAUCGUUGUGUUAUUGAUGGUGUACAGAUGGUUGUUGAAGAGAUGAACAUUUUGACAACAAUCUUCCUGAGAUAUGACAAUGAAAAGAUAUACUAUCCAAAUUCAGUUCUGGCUACAAAGCCGAUCAGCAAUUUUUACCGAAGCCCAGAGAUGAGCGAUUCUGUGGAGUUCAGUGUUGAUUUUUCCACUUCCGCUGAGAGUAUAGUUGCUCUAAAAGCUAAAAUUAAAGUGAAAGAUGAUUUGACUGCAGGAAUAUUUAUUUGGUACAUAGAAAGCAAACCCCAACACUGGCGCCCUGGCCACAGUGUGCAGAUUAAGGACAUUGAAGAUGUGAACAAGAUGAAAAUGGGCCUUUAUGUUACGCAUACCAUAAACUUUCAGAAUUAUGGGGAUAAGAGUAAUCGAAGAUCUGAUCUAGUCUUUGAGCUAAAGAAAAUCUUCGAAGAGCUUGGUAUUCAAUAUCAUCUUCUCCCGCAAGAAAUUCAUCUUAGUCAUAAUGGUUCUGUGCCCUCAACGGCUGCAACUGUUCCGCGGUGAUCAAUUUUCUAGUGAGAGAUUGUUUCCAUUUUAUGACAAGUUUGUGCCCUUACCCUGCUUGAAUUUGCAUGAUUGCUCGAUUUCCACGUACAUAACCAUCACAUUAAUAUGUCUCACCCUCUCUGGAAAUUCUUUUCUAGUAUACUUGUGGCAUGGGGACACCUGGUUGUUUUUGUGAAUGGUGAAUUUGUUCAUCACACAUGAUUCCAGAGUCUUGAAAAACCUAAAAUCCAACACCAUACUAGGACCUUACAGGGUUGCUUCAUGGUCAUAUAGAAAUUUUCUGUUAUUAAAAAGUUAGGGGUGUUUCAUAUAUUUAAACAGCUUUGUUUGUUUAUUUUUUUUCGUAGUAGGAAUAAAGUAAUAAACUGAUAAGCUGUUACUUCAGGAUUGAAGAUGGUUUUGGAUUUUUUUUGCAUUGGAUUUGGGAUUGGAGAAAAUUCCUAUGUUUGGCGGCACCAAAUUGGUUCCUUGGAUUUGGGAUUGGAGAAAAUUUAGUAGAAAAUUUAAACUAAAUUUCCUUUAAUCCCAAAUUCAAGGCACCGAUUUAGCCCUCCCAGACAUGACAUAUAUGUUAACGAAACAUGACGUGACAAGGAAGCUUCCGAGCUCAGAAGUAUGUUUGAGCUUGGAAAAAUGUGUAAUUCCACGAUGAUGCGGUCCAAAUAUUUGAGUGUUGCAGUUUUACAAGCCUAACCUUUUCUGUUUAUUUAAAAAAAUGUAUCAAACCAAUUGUAUCAUAAACAUAUUACAGAGAUGUAAUUUACAAUUCAUCAGUUUGAUUCGAGAUGUAAUAUGUUUGUUUUUCAAUGAAGAUAUGGUUUCUUUUUCUCUUUUAAA